AUAGUGACGGCGAAAGAGGGAAAGAAAAAAUGCAUUCAGUCAAAGAGAAGGUUAGCAAUGCAGCAGGUGCAGCCCAAGAGAAGGUUGAGAUCAUGAUAGCCAAAGGUGAAGAGAAGGCAGAGAAAGCUGCAGCAAGGACAGAGGAAGAAAAGGUGAUAGCCAAGGAGGGAAGGAAAGUUAAGGAAGCUGAAGCAAAGAUGAAGCUGCACGAAACCAAAGCAGAGAACGCAGCAGAAAAGCUAAAGCAUUCUCACCCUGUUUAUGGUCACCACGACCCAGUGGUUGGAGGAGGUCAAGGGCAUCAUGCCCCUGUUGGGACUGCAGCCAACCCAACAACUGUGGUUCCAACUGCUGCUUACCCUCCGGGGAGCCAUCCUCCCGGCCACCAUCAUACCAAACACGUCUAGCGUUUCCACAGUCAGUGUAUGUAUAGGUGCUUGUAAUUGACUGCAAGUUUAUGUUCGUUUAAAUUCCGGAUUGGAGUAGGCAAGUUUCCUUGUACAAUUUAGAAAUCAACAAGCAAGAAGCACCGGUCUAGUGUACUUCCAGAAUAAUUGGAAUCUGAUGGGGAUUACUCAUU